CUUCGAUCCCAUCCCAUCUGAGUCACCCAACAUAUUGGACUCCCUCGGGACGAUCGGAUAAACCCAGAGCCAACCCAUCAAAGCUGAUGGGCGAGGAACGUAUGGUUCCACAAGUAGGAGAAGCUCCAAGGAAGCGGCGCCGCGCGAGAGUGGCCUGCGUUCCUUGUCGGGAGCGCAAGCGAAGAUGCAACGGCCAGGAUCCGUGCGGCACUUGCACCGAGUUCGAGUAUGACUGCCACUACGCGGCUUCAGCGAGGGCAGGCAACGGUAGGCCCAGUAUGGUCGCUCGUCAAGGACUGUCUCCAGACUCUGCCCCGCCAAUUUCUCCUCUCGAUGGCAGCGAAACCCGGAAAUCCCACGGGACGAGGGGCCAGGGGUCAGCUGGUGGUCACAUUGCUCUCCCAGAGGAAGCUCGCGCUCAUGUCCAAUCUCUCGAAGCGAACUCGGGCGCAGCAUUUGCCCGAAAGCUAGGCUUGAACAUCGACCCAAACAAUGCGCCACGGCUCAGUCUGUUCGCGUGGAAUACCGGUCAGCGGCUUGGCGAUGGAUACGUGACGAGAAACCCGCGGCCCAUCACCAGCAUAUUGUCGCAUGCUGAGAUGACAAGCUUGUCACAGACAUACUUUGAAAAGGUGGCCGUCGUUUAUGGCUUCAUCGACCGCAACACAUUCCUGGAGCGGCUCGACCAGAGAUGGGCCACCGAUAGGGGGGCAGUCGAUCCUUACGAUCAAGUCCUCUGCGGCGUGGCAGCUCUUGGCCUCCACUUCUCACAGCCAUCGCCUCCGGCCAUAGAGCCCGACCUCGUCGAGUCGGCCAGGGCCCUGCUAGAGCAGGAAUCCCUUUCCUCGCCACCCUCGAUCGACACGGUUGCCGGAUGGGUCCUACGGGUGGCCUAUCUGCGGAUGGCUGCAACGCCACACGCAACAUGGCUAGCGAGCUGUUCCCUAAUGCAUGUCGCCGAAGCGGCUCGAGUCCACCAGGAGGUGCCAUCCCAGACGGUAUUCGAUGAAUCGCCAGAAGCCGUCAAUGUGGACGUCCGGCGCCGCCUGUGGGGGAUGGCCCAGCAUCUGAACAUCUGGGCAUCGUUCGAUCUCGGCCGCGCCAGAAUCACGCUUCCAAAUGCCUCCACUAGGCCGCUAACUCCGAAGCACGGCGACCCCACAUCUCAGCUGCUGGGCCUGAUGCCCCUGACCGAAGUGCUCGACCCCAACCAGACGAGGUCGGCGGAGGAUCUGGAGUCGGAUCUAGCACAGCUGUUGGACCAGGUGCACGAGGUGCCCCCACUGGUCAUGGCUCACGUCAACCUUGUCCUCUGCGUGUUCCGGCGACUGCGGGCCCAAAAGCCAAGCAGGGCACACUGCCACAUUGAGAAAGUCCUGUCGCUAGUACAGAGGGGGUUGCAAGCAGCCCGGAGGAUGGUGUCCGAGUACUGCCCCUGGCACCACGCUGCCAACAUUCCCUUCCAAGUCAUCUGUUUAUUGCUUGCCCUGGACAGUCGAGCAUCCCUCAAAGUACUGCAUGAGGCGUUAUCGGUGCUGAAGCAGGUGAGGGAUACCUGGACCAGCGCCGUCAUGCAGGAGGCCUAUGACACGGCCUACCUGCUUAUCCUCCUGCAUCAGCGGCGCAAGGAGGAGGACGCGAAGGAGCUUCGCGCCAUACUCGACAUGCACUCGUCCCCAAUGACACAUGAUCGCGAUGGUUCUAAUAGAGCCAACAACGCCGAGCAGACCACCUGGACUGAUUCUGUCGAGUCUCUGUGGCUGGACGACUUUUUCACAAAUGUGCCCGGCUUGAGGGAAUUCGACUUUGAGCAGCUUCUAUUGGUUAAUCCAGGAUAACCUGGUGGAGCGAUCCCGCAUAUCAUAAUUACCCGCCAUGCCUGCGACUCAGUAAAAGGUGAUAGGAGGUGAGGCGAUAGAUUGGAGGAAAAUAUCGAACUCGGGGGUGACAGUAUCGAGGAAGAGCCAACUGGUCCCUUCGGAUGCACAGAUUAUAUUAGUACGCUGAGACUAUACCGAUCAGCGAAGUAAAAAUGUAGUAUAGGAAC